GUUUUUUGCUUCGUUUGUCAAAAAAUAUCUGGCCCCAGCAAAAUCGUAUAGAUUGCAGAGUGUUUGCGAAAGGGAAAAUCGUACGAAAAUGAGCCUAUUUCUGCGUACGGUGGCCAGAACUGGUGCCACGCAAUGGAUGCGGGCAUCCCUAUCCACGUCAUCGAUCGUAUACAAGGAUCCAAAAGCGCAAAAAGAAGCCCCGAUACUGGAUGCGAGCGUUAUUCUUGCCGCUGACGAAGAGCGUGCUCGUGAUCACCUUCCGACCAUUACCGUUCCUACGAAGGUUGAUAUAAGCCCCAUUACCGGAGUGCCGGAAGAGCACGUGAAGGAACGUCGGGUGCGUAUCUUCAUGCCAGCGAAGAAUGCUAUGCAGAGUGGUACGGAUAACAUUCAACAUUGGAGCAUUGAAUUCGAUAACCGUGAACGCUGGGAGAAUCCAUUGAUGGGAUGGUCUUCAUCUGGCGACCCAUUGUCGAACAUGCGCGUCGAUUUCACCACGCCCGACGAGGCGAUCGCCCAUUGCGAAAAGAACGGAUGGAGAUGGUUCGUAGACAAGCAAGAAAUUCAAAAGAAGCAGCGUGUGAAGAACUAUGGCAUCAACUUCUCGUGGAACAAACGUACCCGCGUAUCGACCAAGUGAACAGCGGUCACGAAAGAUCUUGGUAACGGAAUGUGGGAGUUACAAGCAUGGUCGUUAUUACGCUAUUAGAUCGUUGUAAAUAAGAGACACCUUUGAAAAACAAA